GUCCGCCAUACAGACAUCAGAAGAAAUCUCGCGAUGUCAGCUUUGUACGAUAAUAUUCCCACUGCGGUAUCAUGGGAAGAGUUUUCAAGUACCAGGAUGUAAGCUCUUUCCUCGAUUAUAUGUCAUUGACCAGGAACUGAAUACAAACUGUCAUUGGACCUAAUGGCGGGCCGCGUGUGCGUGGAGAUGUUCAGACUGUUUGUGUUUACAGAUAUUUUAUUUGUGUCUGCUGCCCUGAACACACAUAUGCAAAACGUUGCACUGGACAAAUUAUGUAACAUCAGUUCUCGGCAUGUAAAUCGGGAGAAUUUACUCUCAGGGAAUUGCUCAGCAGCUAUCAAUGGAAACACAAAUACUGUCUUAAAUCUGUCUAUAACUCCGCCAAACUGCAUCCACACUGCGUUAAACGACUCUUCACCCUUCUGGUGGGUGGACCUGGGACAGGAGGUCGCCAUCAGUGUCAUCACGAUCUACGGACGGACAAACUUUACAGAGAGAAUGAUCUGCGUUAAUGUUUUUCUUGAUGGAAACGUCGUUAAGAGAUUCAAUGAUACCAGCGGGUGGAACAACAAUCAGUAUGACAUCACAGUGGGUCGUAUUGCGCAAGUGGUCAACAUCACCAGGGACUGUGGCACUAAAGAGGUUAUGAUCAACUUUUGUGAGGUACAGGUGUGGGUUUGUGACGACGGUUGGUAUGGAGACAACUGUACACAAGUCUGUGGUCACUGUGCUGGUGGCUCUGUCUGUGACAAGAUCAACGGCAGCUGUACAUCCUGCGAUACAGGCUUCCAGUUACCAAAGUGUACAGAGUGUGCUGAGGGUCGGUAUGGAGAUAACUGCACACAGACAUGUGGCAACUGCUCUAAUGACUCCACCUGUGACAAAGUGAACGGAAGCUGUGGAUCCUGCAAACCUGGUUACCAGCUACCUCUUUGUAAAGAAUGUUCUGAUGGUUGGUAUGGAGCCGACUGCUCACAGACUUGUCGUCAUUGCAGUAAUAAUUCAGUCUGUGACAAUAAGACAGGCAGCUGCUUACCCUAUGACACAGGAUUUAAACCACCACUUUCUAAGAAAAACGUUGCACUGGACAAAUUAUGUAACAUCAGUUCUCGGCAUGUAAAUCGGGAGUAUUUGACAUCAUGGAAUUGCUCAGCAGCUAUCAAUGGAAACACAAACACUGUCUUAAAUCUUUCUAUUACUCCGCCAAACUGCAUCCACACAGCGCUAAACGACCUUUCACCCUUCUGGUGGGUGGACCUGGGACAGAAGUUCGCCAUCAGUGUCAUCACGAUCUACGGACGGACAAACUUUAUAAACAGAAUGAUCUGCGUUAAUGUUUCUCUUGACGGAAAAGUCGUCAAAAGAUUCAGCGAUGAGAGCGGGUGGAUCAACAAUCAGUAUGACAUCUCAGUGGGUCGUAGAGGGCGAGUGGUCAACAUCACCAAGGACUGCAACAGUGACAAGUUCACGAUCAACAUUUGCGAGGUACAAGUGUGGGUAUGUGACGACGGUUGGUAUGGAGACAACUGUACACAACCAUGUGGUCACUGUGCUGCUGACUCUGUCUGUGACAAGAUCAACGGCAGCUGUACAUCCUGCCAUACAGGCUUCCAGUUACCAAUGUGUACGGAGCCGGUGGAGUCAAGUCAACCUAACUUCAGACUUACUCCUGUCGCUGCUGUUGUUGAAAUUGUUUCAACUGUAACUGUUGCCGCAGUCGUUGUUAUGAUCGUUGUUGUGGUCGUUGUGGUGUGGUUAAGGCGAACAAGACAAUUAAGAAUGCGGAAAGCUGAACUAUUAAAAGGAAAAGAAACGAACACAGAAAAUGAAUAUUCAGUCUCAGGAAGUUUGGUGAAUAUCAGUCAAAGCAGAGCUGCAGGUUUGCCAGAAGACAUGGGAGCUUCGUCUCUUGGAAGCCAAAAUCAAAAAGAAGAUAAAACACCGGUUACAGCUCGUAAAUCUCUGGCGAUAACAGAAACAACUGUAAACAAAACAAUAUAUGAAAACCUCGAACUGAAGUCAAAUGUUCCCAUACAUUCCCAUGACAGUCAGUCAGCAAUGUCUCUAACAAAACCAGACAAAGAAGAUAUGGACACUGCGAACAAUGUAGACGAGGAAGAAGGCAUCUACAACACGGAGGAGACCUACGCCCUCUACAGGUCACUGGGGUCAUCCUCCAUAUUUGAUGACCUGCAAAAGUCGUUGCUGGAUAGUCUUACCUCUGGAAAACUAGAGAUGGAAUUUGCGGAAUUUAGCAAAGAAAUGCGUCAUCCUCACGAGGCUGGUCGGAAAACUGAAAACUUAAAGAAGAAUCGCUUCAAGGCGCUGUGUGCUUACGAUCAUUCUCGGGUUGUUCUUCGUCGACCAAAAGGAGACAGAAACACGGAUUACAUCAACGCGAGUUACAUUAAGGGAUACCUAGGAGAAAAGGCAUAUAUCGCAACACAAGGUCCGCGGUCUCACACGGUAGAUGACCUGUGGUGGAUGGUGUGGCAGGAGAAUGUCACUCAGAUCAUCAUGUUGACCAGCAUCAAGGAGGACGGCAAGGACAAGUGUGAAGAGUACUGGCCAUCAGCCGGCACAACAACGACAUAUGGUCACGUGUCUGUGACAGCCCUGAAGACGGACAGCAGAGCCGAUUUCGUUGUUCGGUAUUUUGUGCUGGAGUCAAAACAGGACGGUGACCAGCGGACGGUAUCUCAGUAUCACUACCUGGUGUGGCCUGACCACGGGGUGCCGUCCACCUACUCGCUGGUCAGCUUCUGGCGCUACGUCAAGGCACGUGCACAGGGGGCCAUACCUGUCGUACACUGCAGUGCGGGAGUUGGGCGCACAGGCACGUACAUCGCUCUAGACAUCGCCUCGGACCUGAGUUCACGUGGACACGACGUAAACGUCAAGGACAUCGUCAGACGACUACGUGAAGAUCGAACGCUGAUGGUCCAGACUGCAGAACAGUAUAAGUUCCUUCAUGAAGUCAUUCUGGAAGAAUAUACCAGCCGCGGAACCAGGAUGACCUUUGACCAGUUUGAUCUUGUGUUUCCAGACAACUCUCGAAUAAAUAAGGAAUUCAAGGUCUUAACACAAAUGGGGCAAUUCGUGCCCAAAUCAGCCCACACAAUCACUGAAUCUCAGUGAAUGUGACUAAGCAUAGAAUUGUGAAGACACCAACAGAUGACAGCAGCCUGGUGCAUCUCUCUGACCACGUGCCUGUGAGAAAUCAAAACAUCAGGACUGUUCAUAUGUCGUCGUUUAGGAAGAGACAAGGGCUCAUCCUGACUCAGCUUCCCUUGCCGGACACCGUGGUGGACAUGUGGCGUCAUGAUUGACGGAUGGGACGUCAACACUGUUGUUUCUCUCGGACACAAAGACCAGAGUACAUCGGUCAAGAACAACUGCCGAUUCUGGCCAGAAACAGCAGAGGACACACUAACAACUGGACAACACACCGUCAGCCUUACGUCCUCUUCUGCUCUUGGACCUCAUCUCACCUGCUAUAAUCUGUCCUUGGCAACUAAGGCAACCAGUUCUAAACAGAUCCGUGUCCUAUGUUAUGAUGACUGGAAUGACCUGGUGCCAGGCAGCAUUUCAGACUUUCUUCGCUUGAUAGACAUUCUUGAGUCAUGGCAUGUUGAAGAGGACAUCUCACCCCUAGUUGUACAAUGCGAUGACGGGAUGACAAGAAGUGGGAUGUUCUGUGCACUGUAUGAUAUCAUUAAUCGGGACAGACAUGACCAGGAGAUAGAUGUCUACCUGUCUGUGCGACAUGUACAAAAAUUCAUACCACAGGCAAUCACAACAGAGAUGGAAUAUCAUUACUGCUACCGGACUGUACAAGAGUACAAGCUUCAAACUGUGUACCAAAACUCUUGACCAAACUUGCAUGUACUCCCAGUGUUUUUGCAAUAUGAUAUCCCUUGUGAAUGAGAAACUUCUAGGAAAUGAAGUGUUUAGGAUAAAAUAGAAGACUGAUUUGAUUGUAUGUUAUGUAGAUAAAUCACGAUGGAAAGAUAUAGCACUGACAGAUAUGAACCUCACUUUCUUCUGAUUGCUUUAAAAGUUGUAUAAAAAUCCAUUGAUAAGAACUGAUUGCUGCAGUUUACCUCCGAUUCUUUCUAAUAUUUUUCUUUGCGCUUUGUGUGCAGUAAAGUGUAGAAAAAUAGGUGGUGGUAGGGGAAGACUAAGAGGGUGGGUGUGUAUUUGUGUGUUGGGGGUGGUGUGAGAGAGAGAGAGUGAGAUUUUGUGUGUCUGUGCGUCGUGUUACAUAAAUUGCUGCUAUAAUAUACUGUAACAAGAGCCAUUUUCAAACUAUGUUUUUUUUUAAAUCUUUGUAAUUAGUCGCUUUCAUGAACUAUAUUUUACUGUCAGAGGAUUAAAGAUGCGCGACAGUAAAGUAUUACCUCAAGCGAAAGAAAUACUCAGAGUGACUGUUGGAAGUCUAACCCUAUCAUCUGAGCUUUAAAAUAGAAAGACUUAUUGGAAUCCUGUAUUGUUAGAACUAAUCUGUUUUUGUACAAAUUAUUUGGAAAAAUCCUGUAUAAAGUAUACUCCCAUAUCCUGCACCAAGGAGGUUUGUAUCACUUCUGAAGCAGGGUAUUCUUCCACGAAAAUUAGGAAGCCAAAGAAGUAAGUAUAAGAUUAAAACUAUACUGUACUCAUUACAAUAAAAAGAUCAGCCAGAGGAGGGACACGAAGUACCUGUCGAACCAUUGAUGAACGCAGACCACAACAAAGACAAAAUGAACGGUACAAAUAAGAAGUUUAAAAAAAAAAUAGAUAAAAAAUACACACAUAUAUAUGAUGGAAAAAUACACUUACACGUACACGCAAGAGAAACGGGAACUACCCCACGAAAAGAAAAGAAAAAGAGGGAUGUUAGUAAGAAAAAAAAAUAAUCAAUGAAAAAACAAACAACGAAACAGUUAGACACCAGCACACAUCGCGACACAGUACUGCAAGAGUUGUUGCCCCUGAGUCCGUUGACCUGACGUAGAUUGUAGAACACU